GCGACCAAGUCGAAUCGAGAGAGCGAGUUGGAGGAAGAUGACCAAUUUGAACGGAUCCCGCUUGAAAGUUCUGAUUUUGGGCGCUAGGGGCGUCGGAAAAUCAGCUGUUACGGUUCGCUAUUUAACCAAGAGAUAUAUUGGAGAAUAUAGUUCCAGUACUGAAUUCCUCUACAAACAGUCAGUGAACUUCGACAACGUGACGACGCAAGUUGAAAUACUGGACACAUCACAAUGUGAAGACCAAUGCUGUCUUCAAGACCACAUUGACUGGGCAGACGCUUAUGUCGUCGUUUACAGCGUCUGCGACAGAUCCACAUUUGAGGUCGCCAGGAAACUUUUAGAGAUGGUCAGCCACAGCAAAGGCGCUCGUCGUGCCCCAGCCAUACUCCUUGGGAACAAAAGAGACCUCGAAAGAGGACGACAGGUGGCUGUGGAUGACGGUCACGAGACAUCCCUCCAGUUCCGAUGCCAGUUUUACGAAGUGUCAGCAGCCGAAAAUUAUGUAGGUGUGAGUCUAGCAUUCCAGUCCCUCAUGCGCGAGGCCAGAGCUGCCCAGCAGCUCAGGACACUGCCAGUACGAAGGAAAACUGGGCCGGCAUUAUCCAAAAUGAUCGGCAUGGUGUUCGGUCGAGGCGAUAAGGCGGACAGAAAGAAAAGACCUUCAUUAUCCAUAUAGCAACUACUGCAUAAAUCAUUCAGUCGUCUGCAUCUUGUCAAAGAGCUUCUUCACAUUUCCAAAUGACUCAUCCUUGAACUGGCGAUACAAACUGGAAAGUUAAUCAAAAAAUAAAAUGCUUGAACUUGGAAGCCGACACAUCAUUCAUUAUGCACGUGCACGAGCCUUACAAAAGAGGCCACCUUGAGUGCCAGCAAGUUCAAAAGCUUGGGAGCAUUAGUAGGUUAAUUUCAGGGGCGGUCUGAAGGCUUAACGUACUUGGCCCUGAACUGGAAGGGAUGCAAAAUCAUGUGACAUUUUUACAUUUCUAGAGUAGAAUAUUUCGACGUUGAAAAUUAUGUAUAAGUUUCUUGCUUUAUUGGAGGAUUUCUUUUAAUAAAAAAAAAUUAUUAAUCAAUGUUAUUACCAAAAAUAAUUUUAUAGAAAAAUAUCGAAAUUGUAAAUUUAUAUUAAGUUAUGAAUAUACAAAUUAACGUCUUGUUUCAGCCGAUAUGGAAAUCAUGCUUCAAUUAUAGGGCAACUAUUCUGUACCAUUGUAUAUAAACGCCAAUCUGCUUCUCCUUUGUAAGAACGCUUAUGAAUAAGUAUUUGAAUUUAUUCGUAAGCGUUGCAUGUAAAUAGAUAACCGUAGCAUAAAUUAAAAGUUUUAACAGAAAUACUAAAAAGAAGAAGAAAAAAAAAAUUACCCGAGAUUGAAGGAUCAAGGUAUAUGUAUUAAAAGCAAUUUAACUAAUAUUAUUUUAUAAAUAACAACAUUAUUAUAAAUAGUAAUAAAUUGAUAACUUUCUUGCUAUCUGAAAUUAUUUCAUACAAUCUAUAUGAAACAAGAAU